CUUUUUUUCUUACUAUCUGGUUAAACUUCUUUCUAUAUAUGAGAAGAUUGUGAGAUCGUUAACUUAUUGUGGACACUAAUACGAUAUGGACUUCGUAAUACUCAAGGUAAACGGCCAGGACGUUUCGACCUCGAGCCACGAACACGCAGUACGGUGUUUUCAGUCGGCCCAGGAGCCGAUCAUUGUCGAAGUGUUACGCCGACAAAAUCCGGCUAUGUCUGCAUCGAUGACACCUGUAAUGCAAGAUCAGGAAUAUCAAGCACAGUACCAGGAACAAGAGCAGGAACAACAUCAAGAUCAAGAAAAUACUUUCACGUUAUUGGUAUCAACGGCAGUGCAGACAGAUUGGGCUGGUCUCAUUGACGAUGAUGAUUUUGUACCGAUGACACUUCACGCCGAUGAACAAACAAAUGACAGCUUUGAUGAUAUUCUUACUCAAGAAAUUGAUUUUGAGGAGGUGACGCUAUGUAAAAGUGAAAGCGCCGAAAAGCUAGGACUAACGGUAUGUUACAGUUCGGGUUCGGGGAGUGAGGAGGCUGAUACGGAAGUCUACAUCUCAGAAAUCGUUCCUGAGAGUUUAGCCGCUCGAGAUGGACGUCUACGUGAAGGUGAUCAGAUAUUGCGGGUAAAUGGUAAAGAUGUAGCUAAUAAGGAACAAACUGAAAAUCUAUUUGCCGAAACCAAAAGUGCUGUGACAAUUCUUGUCAGUCGAUGUUUAUACGGGGAUGACGAUUACGACAACAAGCGAAUUUAUCACGAGGGUUCGCCAAGACUCUCGCCGGAAGUGACAACACCAGCUUAUCAAAACAGCAUGAUCGAGCAGCUGAUUCGUCAGCAAAAGCAGGGAUCAAAAGAACCGAGCACUACUAAUAUAAAGAGCAAAGAUGAUGAAGUACCAGCCGUACCUUGUCACGCUCUUGAUUAUUCGAGUAUCACACAAAAAACAAGUGUUGAACUUGAACAUCAACACCGCCAAAAAUGGAUGCAAGAUGCAUUAAAGGAGUGUGUACAGAAAGUUGAUGAAAUGAAUGUUGGGCAGAAACAACAAGUAAGUCUCGUAGAGGCAUAUGCGAGCCAUGUGUGGAGCGACACCGAACACAUUUAUGAGACGAUUCCCGAGUCCGAUAACGAGCCUAUCUACUCGUCACCAUAUGAACAUCGGAACUGGUUGCAACAACCCAAUAACAAUCACCUACAUAGCAACAACCAAACAGGAGUCAAUCAAGUAAGUAAUAACGUCAAGCCCUGGCAUUCUUCGUCAAAAAGUAAUAGUUCCGGGGAGGAAAAGGACAGCUCGAGCGCCUACAAUACAGGAGAAUCUUGCAAUAGUAAUACUCUUACACUGGAACUUCAACAGCCAUCGGAUCACCAUCGAAGUACUUUAGUACUCUGUCCACCUAAACCAACACUAACAACCCCUGUUUCAAGUACUCCAAAAAUACAAUGUAAUUGUUCUGUGCCUCUUACUUCAUCAAUUAAGUUCUGCAAGAUUUCAUCGCCUCAAAAUCCGAAUUCACGUCGAGGUUCGCAAUUAUCGCAGCAACAAUUGCAACAACCACAUUCAAGCGUAUUAGCCGCUGACACGAUGUACACGAAUGUAGCUAAUCUACAUCAGACAAUGAGAUUACAGCAGCAAUUAUUCAAACAAGCAAUGAGCAAACGGAAAUCGGGUGUGGGACGUUCACGUGGCCAAAUUAGUUUCCAAGCGCCAAGUCUUGCUCAAUACCAGUUCGUAGCAAGUCACCAGAUGAAUAACCAAUCGAUUACCGAACAACAACCUCAAGCUCAAGAGUAUUCUGAUCAAGUUCAGAUGGAAUGGAAAGUGAAACGCAGGCCCGAUGGUACGCGCUAUAUUGCUCGACGUCCGGUACGUAAUCGAAUUCUUAGGAAUAGAGCGCUCAGGAUCAACGAAGAACGCCAAGGACAUACUACUGAGGAAGAUACUCUGUCUGAAAUUAAGGUUGGUCGAUAUUGGAAUAAAGAAGAUCGAAAAAAACAACUUGAACGAGCAAGGGAACGAAAACAACGACAACAAGAAUUUACACAACAAAUGCAACAAUCUAAUGAGCAGUUAAUUUGUGAUUACAUCGAGGAAAAUAAAUUGCCAAAAAAAUCAUUAAACACUAUGGAUCAAGGUUACAAGAAAACUUUGAGAAAAAAGUCUCAAGUUGAUGAUUUUGCCACAGUGCAGGAAAUGUUGGUACAUGGAAAUCGUGUUGGAUCUAAUACUCCGAAUACCACUGGUGCCAAAAAUCAUAAUGUAUGCAUAAAUUCAAAUAUGUAGAUAUGUACUAUAUGACCAAUCAGUUACUCUUUUAUUAUCUGCUAGAAGUCAGAAAUUGAAAUUCAAGAGUAUUAAAUCAUGAAGAGUUUUUAGAGAAACACAGUCAAUAAUAUCUUAUCAAGAAUACAAUAGUGCAACAAGACUGGUUCAAUAAAAUUGCACUUUUUUAUACAAAUAAUAAAAAUAUUAAUGUAUCUGCUAUUGAUGCAAAUUAUUAAGUGCAAGAUCACACACACAAGUAAACUGAAAUUA